AUGAAGUUCUCCGAGAUUUUAGCUCUCUCCAUUGCCCUCGCUACCACUGCGAACGCCAGCCCGAUCAAGCGUACUGAAGAGGUUCAGAUCACUUUCAUCGGCGUGGCCGAUGCUCAAUUUGCUCAGAGCUUCCCCACCGACGGUUCUGAUGUCUCCAUUACGAACCCACUGAGCAUCUCGCAUAUCGCAUCCAGCACCAACGGCAUUGAUUGCACCUUCCACGGUAUUGACAACAGUGUGACCACCGUCAAUGGCGCUGAGAGUGUCGACACUCAGCCCCGUGGAAAUACUGUCUCGGUCACCUUUAUCGGGGCCGCCGAUGCCAAGUUUGAGCAGGUAUUGCCCACUGACGGCUCUGCUGUGCAAAUUACGAACCCCCUGAGUAUCUCUCACAUUGAGAUCGAUGCUGCGGGUGUUUCCUGCACCUUCAGAGGUAUUGACCACAGUGUCACCUCUGUCACUGGACCGGCGACGGUCGAUGUCGGCCCUCCUCAGACCCAGAUCGAGGGCACAUGCCGGGCUGUCUAA